AGAGAGAGAGAGAGAGAGAGAGAGAGAGAGAGAGAGAGAGAGAAUGAAUGUGUAAGGGAUUAAGAGAUUAAUACAGAGACAGACUAGUUGCGGAGAUGUGAAUAGGUGAUGAUGCUCUGAGCGAGCCCCGUUAUGGCACGGGCGUGGGCGAGGUGAUAUGUGCAUGGGCGGAGAAAGUGGCAGGAGUGUGGCAAUGGGCGUGGCUGUGGCAGAGGCAGGGGAUGGGUAGGAGCGAAGUCCUUCCCUCCCCGGCCCGUUAGUCAAGACCCAGUGUUGCCAAAUCUACCGAUAAACAUGAAAAUCUACUGGAUAUUUGAUGAAUCUACCGAUAUACCGAAUGAUUUCGAAAAUAAGGUCAAAUAUAUUGGAUUUUCGAUCAGACCUACCGAGAAAUCUACUGAUAUUCAGUGUCAUGAGAGAGAGAGAGAGAGAGAGAGAGAGAGAGAGAGAGAGAGAGAGAGAGAGAUGUGGGGGGUGGUGGAGUGCGGGGGUGUCGUGACUAACUGAACGUGUCUUGUUCAUGUGCCGAUUCUAGCCUGACGAACAACAACAAACCGGUUUGUUGUUGUCACUGGCUCGGCCUCGGUCAGUACAUGUGUCUCAGUGUCUGCAGGCUGCACCGUUCCCAAACACCUAAGCCUACUCCCACGCACCUGUUACCUCAGAGCAACACACGCCCCACAUCCCACCAUGGAAUCCAAUCCACAUCACCACAAGGAGAAAUCUCUUGAGGCAAUUCAACACCAGCCAACAGCGAAAGGGAGAUGGAUGCCAAAACCCCCUGGGACGUGACCACCAAGGCACUGAGAGGGAGGAGGAGCCAGGGGACAGCCAGGAAUCCCAGCAGGAUGAGGAACAAGAGCGAACGAUGGAGACAGAGAUGGAAGAGGAGGCUGCCCUGCCAUCAACACCGUCACAACACGCCCCAUCGCUACCGCAACACAAUGUGUACGCCGCGAGACAUACAAACGGGAGGAGAAACUUAGUCUGGAAAGGACUAACAGAAGAAGAAACAACCAUUUGGGUGAACAACACUUACACAGAAUUAGUUGGGUGGUCGACAUGUCAUCUGUUCGAUCCACCAAAGUGUGCAGCCACCAACAAAAUUGUACAAGAGAUGGUCAUCCUCCUCAACAAUUACUUACAAGAGUCACCCCUCGCACCGUAUGUGAUGAAACUAUUCUUCACACUGCCAAAACUCUUCUUUCAAAAGACACAUAGAAAUGCGAAGGCGGCGGAAAACGUGAAAGCCGUCGCAAGAAGAGUGGGUCUAUGGCAGAACAACCAACUGGAUGAGCUCCUGGAGGAAGCCCGAGCCAUCCAGAAGAGGCUGCCAAGACCAUCAGGAAACCAACAAAGGCAGGAAGACAAAGCCCGUAAUUUCGCUGGCAAUAUGCGGCAAGGACAGGUGUCCAGGGCUCUGCGGGCACUUAAUGAACAGCAGUCAGGUGGAGUGUUGCCCCUCACCAGGGAAACCAUCCACCUGCUGAAGGAAAAACGUCCUCUCCCCAGUGACGAGGAGGGCCUCAGGAUGCAGGGGCCUUUCCGCAAGCCCAAUGAUGUCAUCUACGAGGUGAUAACUGGAGAGAUGAUCUGGAUGAAGUCUCUCCAGACACACGGCAGUGCUGGUCCCUCAGGACUAGACGCUAGAGGGUGGCGUCGCCUGUUGAGCGGCGCACUCUGUGGCAGCGCCACUAACGACCUAUGCGGCGCCCUGGCAGCACUGGCGAGGAAGCUUGCCACCACAAAUUGUCACCACGUCGAGGCUCUCACCGCAUGCCGAUUAUAUCCGCUGGACAAAAAGCCGGGAUGCAGACCAAUUGGCAUCGGCGAGGUGAUAAGACGCAUCGUGGGUAAAUGCGUCAUGACGGUGGUCAAGGACAGGACGACGUAAGGAGGGCAGCGGGGAACCUGCAAGUAUGUGCAGGACAGCAGGCAGGAGGGGAAGCCGCCAUCCACGUUAUGAGGGAAAUGUUCAGUGAAGAUAAUUGUGAAGCGGUGUUAUUAGUGGACGCAAAAAACGCUUUCAACACUAUUAACAGAAAAACAAUGCUUCACAACAUUCGAGUAAAAUGUCCCUCUCUGGCACAAUAUGUAGAAAACACAUAUAGUGACCCCUCGGAUUUGUACAUAUGUAGUAAUAGUGGUAAUAGUGUUAAGGUGUUAAAGUCCAUGGAAGGGACAACACAAGGUGACCCAGUGGCCAUGGCGAUGUACGCCCUCGGACUUUCA